AUGUCGUCUGAGGAGGAAGACCAGCCAGAGACCCCAACUGGCUCCCCCUGGUCGUGGAUUCCAUUGAUGAAAGAUCCUGGUUGGAUUCGAAGCGUCUGGACUCGCAAUCUCAAUGUGCAAACCAUGAAUUACGUUGGACAGCUAGCAGGGCAGGUGUUUGUGACUGUGAAGGAGCUCUACAAGGGACUAAACCCAGCCACCCUCUCAGGAUGCAUCGAUAUCAUCGUGGUGCGGCAGCCGGAUGGGAACCUGCAGUGCUCCCCCUUCCACGUGCGCUUUGGGAAGAUGGGGGUUCUGCGCUCCAGGGAGAAAGUGGUUGACAUAGAAAUUAAUGGAGAGGCUGUAGACUUGCACAUGAAACUGGGAGACAAUGGAGAGGCCUUUUUUGUGCAGGAGAUGGAUAACGAUCAGGAGGUAAUUCCAUAUCAUCUUGCCACAUCUCCCAUUCGGUCUGAGGGAACGGCUUUGAUGGAAGCUCAGCUGAAGAGGAACUCUAUAGACAGGAUAAGAAGUCUGGACACCAGUGCAUCCUCACAACUGUCACCCCAAGGCCAUGGAUCCCAGCCUUCUGCUGAGACAUCUGCAGCCUGUAGCUCUGUGAAAAAAAGGAGGAAGAAGAGGAGGAAGUCUACCCAUAAAAUAGACAGCUUAAAAAGAGAAGAGAAUGGAGACACAUCAGAAGAUGAAGACAUGUUUCCUAUAGAGAUAAGCUCAGAUGAAGAAAAAGAACCAUUGGACAGUUCCAGGGUCCCUGUUCCAGAUGUGCUCGUUGAUGAUGUAUCUGACAGAAAGGCUCCAGCAGUUUCUACAUUUUCUCAGUCUGCAUCUUACCCUAAUUCAGAUGGAGAAUGGUCACCUCUUCAAAGCCUCUCAGGUUCCCGCCCUCCUACUCCUCAGAGUGACUCAGAAUUAGUCAGUAAACCUGUGGACAGGAGUGGACUGAAGAAUAAUCCUCACAUGCACUGGGCAUGGGGAGAGCUACCCCAGGCUGCAAAGGCCACUUCUCUGCUCAAAGCAAAGGAACCCAGCCUGGUGGAUGUAAAUCCCUCUGAAAGCACUCACUUUCGGGUCAUCCAGAGUUCUCCUAGUGAGGAGUUUAACACUGUGUCCCCUCUACCUGCCCUUGAACAAGCAGGUGCAACAACUGCUGAGGAAAGUGAACCCUCACCAGCUGAGACAAAUAAGCCAGAGACUGAGUCUCCAGGAGCAGCUGUACCACCCUUGUCUGCCAAUGAAGAACUAAAACAAGCUGCAGCUUGUUCAGCCCAACCAGCUGGCAAGACAGAUUCCCCUUCCAGAAAGAAAGACAAACGAAGCCGGCAUCUUGGUGCUGAUGGUGUCUAUUUAGAUGACCUCACUGACAUGGAUCCAGAAGUUGCUGCACUUUAUUUCCCCAAGAACGGGGAGAGUGUCCAGAGCAAGCACCCUCCUGAGGCAGGGCCCUGGUCUGCCCACCCGUCCCCGCAGUCCGUGGGGAGCUCAGGUGUGGAAAGUGGAGCUGAGAGCACCUCAGAUGGAGCACGGGACUUGCCCUCCAUUGCCAUCUCUCUCUGUGGAGGCCUCACAGACAGCAAGGAGAUCACCCAAGAAGAAUUCUUGGAACAUGCAGUAACGUAUCAGCAAUUUGUGGACAAUCCUGCUAUCAUUGAUGACCCUAACCUCGUGGUUAAGAUUGGAAAUAAGUACUACAACUGGACAACAGCUGGUCCCCUUCUGCUGGCAAUGCAGGCAUUCCAGAGACCUUUGCCAAAGGCUACUGUGGAAUCUAUCAUGAGGGACAAGAUGCCCAAAAAAGGUGGAAGGUGGUGGUUUUCCUGGCGAGGGAGGAACAGCACUAUCAAAGAGGAAGCAAAGGCAGAGCAAGGAAUGAGUGGGACUGGACUGACAGGAGAGUCUUCACAGCUGGGCAUGGCAAACAGAAUAAAAGAUGAAUCUUCUUCAAGUGAUGAAGACCCUAGAGCUGCCAAACAGAACCUGGGGUCAUUACAAACCAACUCAAGUCACCUUUCAUUACUGCCUGGAAUCAGCUACAAAAAGACACUGCGACUCACUUCUGACCAGCUCAAAAGCUUAAAGCUGAAGAAUGGCCCCAAUGAUGUGACCUUCAGUGUCACCACACAGUACCAAGGCACCUGCCGCUGUGAAGGCACCAUCUACCUGUGGAACUGGGAUGAGAAAGUGAUUAUUUCUGACAUUGAUGGAACAAUCACACGGUCAGAUACUUUAGGUCAUAUUUUGCCAACUCUUGGCAAAGACUGGACACACCAAGGGAUUGCAAAGUUGUACCAUAAAGUGAGCCAAAAUGGCUACAAGUUUUUGUACUGCUCAGCACGAGCCAUUGGGAUGGCAGACAUGACCAGGGGCUACUUGCACUGGGUGAACGAGCGGGGCACGGUGCUGCCGCAGGGGCCGGUGCUGCUGAGCCCCAGCAGCUUGUUCUCAGCUUUCCACAGGGAGGUGAUAGAAAAGAAACCAGAAAAAUUUAAAGUUCAGUGUUUGACAGACAUCAAAAAUUUGUUUUAUCCUAACACAGAACCCUUUUAUGCUGCUUUUGGAAACAGACCUGCUGAUGUUUAUUCAUACAAACAGGUGGGAGUAUCUUUAAACAGGAUAUUUACAGUUAACCCCAAAGGAGAACUUAUCCAAGAACAUGCAAAGACAAACAUCUCAUCCUAUGUGAGACUGUGUGAAGUAGUAGAUCACAUUUUUCCUUUGCUGAAAAGAAGCCAUUCUUCAGACUUCCCUUGUUCUGACACCUACAGUCAGUUCACCUACUGGAGAGAACCUCUACCACCUUUUGAAACUCAGGAUGAAAAUCCACCCUCAUCUUAG